UGAAAGCCCGGGCAUCACUAGUUCACGAGUUCGGUCUGCUGUGCCGUUUAGGUGGAACCUCAGGGGCAGCCGGCCAGUGUUAGGGAGGGUUAAAGAGUCUAUAAAGAGUUAACUUUGUCGUUUACUGAGGAGAUCGCGGCCAGUCGGUCGAGGUUAGAGGGGAUUAGAGAGUGUAAAGAGUUAAAUUGGUCAUUUUCUGAGAGCCGACCAAGACCCGGUCAGGGAGGGAGAGGGAGUAGACUCACAAAGAAAGAGUUAAAAGCGGUCGUCCAACACAGUUUGAGAUGUAUUUAAAGUUGGUGGACAACAUCGAAGGACAUCUGGUCUGAAUAACCUACUUAAGUUAAAUUAUCGAAGUCGGGGCACUAGAUAGAGAGAAGCAGCUGCUCAUUUUUUACCCGCCGAAUCGAAAAAACCAGCAGGAAUUGAAAGAAGCGACACGUGGUGUUUGACAACUGAGAAGGCAUAAAAUGAGAGGGAUGGCUCCUUCACUCACCCAAGCGUAUAGGAGGAGAUGGUGGAUGGCCGGCACGGCGGUGCUGGAGAAUCUGUGGUUUUCAGCUGUGUUGCUCGGUUGGGGAUCUCUGCUCAUCAUGCUGAAAAACGAAGGCUUCUACUCGCACCUCUGCACAGAAAAUGAGACGGAAGUGACUCAUGUUAGCCACACCAAUGCAUCACAGGGAUGGCUGAGCUGUGUGGCCCAGGAAGAGAUGCUUAACCUGGGCUUCACAAUCGGUUCCUUCCUGCUCAGUGCUGCCACGCUGCCACUCGGCAUCCUUAUGGACCGAUAUGGCCCCAGGCCCCUGCGUCUCACUGGGAGUGCAUGUUUUGCAUUCUCCUGUGCGAUGAUGUCUAUGUCUGCAUAUAAUCCUGAAGUUCUCUCUGCCCUCAUCUUUCUUGCUCUGUCGCUCAACGGUUUCGGCGGGAUCUGUUUGACCUUCACUUCUCUCACGCUGCCCAACAUGUUUGGAAGUCUCAGUUCUACAGUGAUGUCGCUGAUGAUUGGAUCGUAUGCGUCGUCUGCAGUCACUUUCCCUGGAGUUAAGCUGAUAUAUGACGCUGGUGUGACGUUCACUGUGAUCAUGUGGGUUUGGGCUGGCCUUGCUGGUCUGGUCUUCCUUAACUGCUUCCUGAACUGGCCAGUGGAGUCCUUCCCCACACCAGAAGAGAUGGAGGAGAUGCAGAAGAUGCGUUCAGGUGACGACGCUCAAAAGCACACUCUGACCUCCACUGGAGAGAAAAUAGAAGAGCAGGUGACCCACUCGACUGACAAACUGACUGAAUCUACCCAGAACACACCACAUGCCAUUCCUUUUAGACAAUCUGUGUUUUCCCCAAUUUUCCUGUGGAGUCUGGUUACCAUGGGAAUGACUCAGCUGCGCAUCAUCUUUUUCAUGGGAGCCAUGAACAAAAUGUUGGAGUUCCUGGUCACACAUGGCGACCCUCAUUCCUCUGAUGAUCUGGUGACUGAAGCUGAAGAAAAAGUGAACUUCUACUCGUCCAUCUUUGGCACACUUCAGCUCCUGUGUCUGGUCACCUGCCCCCUGAUUGGCUACAUCAUGGACUGGAAAAUGAAAGAGUGUGAGGAGGAGACGGCUCCUGCAAAGGGAGACCAACUGAGCAGUUCUGCAGGCACACCAAAGCGAGACCGAAAGAUCCAGAAACUGACGAACGCCAUGAGAGCCUUCACUUUCACCAACCUGUUGCUUGUCCUGUUUGGCAUCACCUCACUCAUCGACAGCCUACCUCUACAGAUUUUGACGUUUAUCUUGCACACCAUGGUCAGAGGAUUCAUCCACUCCUGCUGUGGAGGACUGUAUGCUGCUGUCUACCCCUCUAACCACUUUGGCACUCUGACGGGGCUGCAGUCUAUGAUCAGUGCUGUGUUUGCUCUGCUGCAGCAGCCUCUGUUCAUCGCAAUGUUGGGACCUCUGAAAGGAGAUGCCUACUGGAUCAAUGUAGGGCUCCUCAUCUUCUCAUUGGCUGGCUUCCUGUUGCCCGGAUACCUGCUCUAUCAUCGCAAACACCUGAUGCAGGAGAGGGCAGCACAAGACAAGGCGACUGGACAGACUGCUGCAGAGAGUCAAGCUCUCAACCAAAUCGAUGCUAACGGCAUUAAUCACCACAGCAAUGGUCAUGUCCCCCAGGAGGCCUAGAUUCAAAGAAGAAAGCUCAUAGGUCUUUGAGGGGAACCAUUCAAUUUUAAUUCAUUUUCCACAAUAACUGAAAAACAGCUCCACACAUGGCAACUCAGCUGUUAGUCAGGACCUUAUGCGCCUUGUUAGUAGCUUCCUAUGUUGGUGCUGAAUUUGUUUCAUUGAAGCCAUGCAAUUUCAUACCUGGACUUAGAGACGUUACACUUUUUAUGCAAGAACUUGAACACUGUCCCUUUUACUUUUUGCGAGGUUUCAGUAGGAGUUGUAGUUGUUGUGUAAUGCUAUGAUAACUUUUUUAAAGUUUAUAUUUAUACUUUUUUAAGUAUUGGCUGAAACUGAUAUAUUCCCCUUUCCCUAAUGCAGUGUUUUUCACCUCCAGGGCUGCACAGCGUCAUAUUUUCUCUGCAGCUUACACCGAGUUACGUCUGUGGUCAGUAAUAAAGUAAUAAUAAUCACAGUAGUAACCGUCACUACUGGAGCUGAAUCCAAUGUGUUGAAAGAAAAAAAGUAAAAAAAAAAAAAACCAUAAAACACAUAAACUGUGCAGUGCAAAAGUUUGGGCACGCCUGAUCAAAAUGUGUUUUGUUGAUUUUCUAAAUGAAAAUAAGUUCUCGUUUACAGAGAACACAGUUCUGCAUAUUCAAUGCAUCACCAUUUAUUUGCUGAAUUUAACAUGGAGAAAUAAAUUAAACAUAAAAUAUGGCCCGUGCAAAAGUUCUGGCACAGUUUAUAUUUUAUGUUUUAUUUUUUCCCAAUAUGUUAAACUAAGCAAAGAACAGUGUCAUAUUUAAGUGUGUUCCCUGUUGAGGAUGUUAACUUAUUUUAAACUAACAAAACUUUUGACUAGGGGUGUCCAAACUUUUGUGUACGACUGUAUGUCCUAACACACACACACAUAAGCUCAAGGUAACUUCACUUGACUGUAGACAAGCUACCUCAGUCAUUGUCUCUGUCACACUGACCUGUGGUCAUUUGGGCAGUUUGUGACCUGUGUUUGUUUUCAUUCACUCAAGAGUGUGUGUCGAUACAUCACAAUUUGUUUUUGUCUUUUUUUGUCCAUUUUAUCUUGAAAAAUUAAUGAGACCAUCAAUGCAAACAUUUCAGUAAUACCAAAGACACUGAUGAAUGAUAUAUAUAUAUUCAUGUAUUUUAAAAUGUAUAUGCAAAUACCCAAAGCAGCCUUGUUAAAAGACUCUUUACCAGUGAACAGUAGUCAUGAACCUUUGUGUGCUGUAUUUUCUCUUGUACUUUUUACUUGCUUAGCCAUUGAAAGGGAAAUUUUCCAUUUUUAUCUCUGCUAUUGUAUUAUUUUGUUAUUCUAACAUAUUUGAGCUUGAAACUUGUGCUGCUCUGUAAAAAGCAUUGGCUAUAUUUACUCAUUCUGUUUGCUUAACUCGCUUGUAAUGCUUUCAUCAUGCUAGCAGUGGUCAGGGGUUGAAAUGACCUGUAGUGUCACAGAAAGACACAUGAACCAUUGAGAGCACUAUGUUGUUACAGCCAAACUGCAGUCUGCUUUCUGUUACUUUUCCGUGUUUGUGUGGAACCAGUGCCUUGCUUGAAUGUCUGCUUUUAUAUCACUGAAUGUACGUGAGAGCGUAUGGGAAGCAACCAAAGUUAACGUCGCCUUGCUGUGGGCAGGUGACAAAGCCAUGUGAGAAAUGUUGUUUAAGAGGAUGUGAUAUAAAUUUCCAAAUAAAAACAUGCACAAAGUAUAACAUU